AUGUGCAAGACACCCUCGGACAAAUCUGUUUCAUAUUUUAUUGACCUUCCAAAAUCGAAAUGGUUGGAAGCAUUCCCUAAAAAUAGAGAUAUCGUAGAUUUACUUGAUUUACUACACAAAGAAGACGAUGUUUGUUCACUUCACGAAAACCGGCUGUUCGAAUUCUUCUGUGUCAUUCAUAAUGUGUUGUGUUGUAGUCUUUGCCUAUAUCACACGCAUAGAUUAUGUAAAGGUGUAGCGAGGAUAGAAGAGUAUAAGGAAACAUGUCUUGAAAAAACUAAAACGGAGGUGCAGUGUUUUCAGGAUGAUAUAUUUUCAAAAAUCCUUCACGUCAGUGAACAAUAUGACAUUAACAACGGAAUGUUACGUCGCUUAAAGGACUUUGAGAAACAUCUGAAGGAUGUGAUAGGGCAUGUUGAAAGAACACAGUAUGAUAUUUUUCUCAAAAUACAAACAUUGAAGAAGCGAAAUAAAACAGAUAUAAAGGCCCUUGAACAGAAAAUUAAACAGUCUACAAAUAUAUCUUGUCUAUUGAAAAUUCAAAAUGAGAUUAAAGAUACCACAGAAGAAAUAAAUUGCAUCAAGGACGAAAUAAGUGCAAUUGAUAACGGUAUUGCUGACAUUUUCCCGGGUGUUGUGGAUUUAACAGAACAUUUAAAACGUAUCCAUGUGUCGUUAGUUGAAGACUUCAAAGCAAAGGAAAGAGAUUCUCAAACAAAAUUUGAAACAGCUAAGGAGGCUGCCACAAAUGCCGAAAGCAACGCGCAAAGGUUGGACGACGCAAUUAAACCUAACAGAAACUUACACCCAGCCAGAUCCAGGGAAAACGGGACACUCGCUUUUCCCGCCAUUGAAACCGCCUCCAUGGUCGAGGGGUAA